AUGGAUAGAUUCGCCUCUAGCUCGGGAGAUGCCAGCGAUGCUGCGAGUAACUCGCGCUUCACUUCGCAGGCUGCCACGGCAGAAGAUCUCCUCAAGGCGCAAACCGUUGGUCUUGUGAACCUGAAUGACUACCGCAAGCGACGCGCCGAGGCCUUGGACAGAAAAGAACGAGGUGACACAGGGCUUGACUCUGGUGCUAGCACACCGAUAGAUGGGGCAUCGACACCAAAGCCAGUCUUCAAGAAGAAGCGCAAGAUAACCACCAAGGGCAAGCUGUCAUUUGGCACAGAGGAAGAGGAUGACACCGACUCUACUGUCUCCAAGACGGCCAGUCCGCGCCAAAGCACCCCCACCGAUGCGACUGGUGUGAAAUCCGAAGCAGAAAGCAAUGUGGUGAAGAAGAAGCUGGGCGCAAACUCGAACAUUGGUCUGAAGCCUCGCGUCAUGACCAAGACGGCUCUCCAACGCGAGGCGCAGCAGGCAGAGCUUGCACGACGGGACUUUGUUGUGAUGCGCGAUGCGGUCAAAGCCACCGAAGUGGUAAUUCCAUUUGUCUUCUACGACGGCACCAACAUACCAGGCGGGCGAUGCAGGCUGAAGAAGGGGGAGCAGAUCUGGCUGUUCUUGGACAAGGCGAGGAAGGUGGGUGCAGAGCUAGGCGUGGGUGGAGACAAGAGCCGGAGGGACUGGGCCAGAGUCAGUGUAGACGACUUGAUGCUGGUAAGGGGAGAGGUCAUAAUACCACACCAUUACGAAAUCUACCACUUCCUGUUCAACCGGGUUGCCGGCCUUGACGGACCCCUCUUUGACUACUCGGCACAGCCCACCAAGGCCACUCCCAAAGCGACGACGGAGGCCGACGAAGAGGCCGACGUCGAUCCGGCUACGUACGACCCACUGCUGCAGCCGGGCAAGAAGAAGAGCAAAGAGUCGAGCAUAGCAGACGAUGAGCUCGAGGGGUUUGGGGACGAUGCGACGCUGACCAAGGUGGUUGAUAGACGGUGGUACGAACGCAAUAAACACAUCUUCCCAGCGAGCGCGUGGACAGAGUAUGCGCCGGACAAGGACCUGUCCAAGAUGCAGCGCAAGGACGCACAGGGAAACGCUUUCUUCUUCUCGUGA